CGCUAUUUAUUAGCUAAUGAAAUUACAAGAAUUUAAAUACAUCUGCAAACUCGGGAACGGUUAGAGAGGGAAAAGAAACCGUGCAAACAAAUCUCCUCUACAAAUUCAAAUGCAGGCCCAUUAUCAAAAAAACUUCAUAUCAGCAGCCCUCAAACUGAUUAAAGUCGUGACCUUCAACAAUGGCAGAAGAGGGAACCGAGGUCACUGGGCUAGGUGAAAACGAACUCCAAAAUCUAGAGCUUCCUCGUCCCAACAUCAGUGAGGGGUUAAAUGGAGAGGCGACUACUGGAACGGAGGAACCUGAGUAUGCACCAGAUCCCUACGUUGUUGGGUGUAAUGGAGAGGAUGAGGUUGAAUCAUUGCGAACAUUGACAGCCAAAGAAGUUCUCGGUCGGAAGUUCAAUUGCCCCGAUGAAGCACAUACAUUCUAUAAUAACUAUGCGAAGGCGUGGGGGUUUUCUGUCAAGAUCGAUAGGAUUGUUGAUAAAUUUGAGGUGCAACACUCUCAUGAACCAGCUCGAAAACAGUGCACUCGUUACUUGAGAUCGCAUAGAGGAUUGACUGAAGCAGAUAAGGCGGACUUUCGAUUCAAAACAAAUGCAGGCAUGAGACCUUCUCAAGUUAUAAAUCUGGCUGUUGAAACAGCUGGAGGGCAUGACAAGUUGGGAUACACAAAAAAAGAUGGAUAUAACUUCCAUAGCACAAAUCGCACGGCAAGGAUAAGUGGAGGUGAUGCUGCAACAGCACUUGCGUAUCUAGAAUCGAAGAAAAGUGCAGACACUCAAUUCAUUUUAAGACACACUGUCGACGAAGAAAACUGACUGGAGAAGCUGUUUUGGGCAGACAGCAUCAGCAUUGCUGAUAUUUCAAUUUUCGGAGACUUGCUGGCAUUUGACACCACUUAUAAAAGAAACAUAUAUAACAUGC